UUGUCAUUUGGCUUCAGUAGAUUGGAGAGGAAAAGGACAGCAGCGGCAGCACAGCGAAGGGAAUAGAAGUGCGCUGGUGGAAAAAAAAUUAAAUAAAAAAUAAUACAGAGAAACAAAAAUCCAACAAUGAAAAGGACGCAUGAACGCUUUGUAGUUCACCAGUAACUAAACUAGUCUUUGUAUAUUGAAGUCAAUGACGUAGAAUCGUCUACGCAAGUGAUUUAAAGGUUAGCAGCUGGCUAAAGCAAGACAGGGCUGUGUCAUUGAGAAGGCAGGACACGUCAAGACGAGGAAGGGAGAAAACAAAUAGACACUCUUGACGGAUUAAAGAUCCCCGCUUCAUUAUAUCAGAUCACCGGUUUAUUCGAGGUUCUGCUUUAGUUUGCGUUGUGAUAUCUGGAACGAGCCCUCAGUCAUCGCUCGGAUCAGCCACGAAGGGCAUAGGAAGCAAGAAUAAGUGUGUUGGAGCCAGGUUGAACUGGAGAACAUAAAUGGGGGAUUACGGGUUUGGAGUCUUAGUGCAGAACAACACUGGCAACAAGUCUGCUUUCCCAGUACGAAUCCACCCUCACCUGCAACCCCCACACCACCACCAAAAUGCGACCACCAGCCCCGCCGCUUUCAUAAACAGCACCCCGGCUGGGAAUGGCACCAACACCGGUUCGACAUGGCUAUUCCCGGCAGCCGGCGCUCACAGCAGCAUGCAAGAUGAAAUCCUGGGCUCGGAAAAGCCCAAAGUCCAGCAGCAGGAGCUGCAAGAGUCCCAAGAGAAGCAACAGCAGCUCUCGCCCGGACACCAGGAGAGUGGGAUCAUCUCCGAGCUGGAAAAGGCUCGCGCUGAAGAGAUUAAAGCGGAGAGCGGGUCAUCCGACGGGACCAACGGCAAGGAGAAGCUUCGUUUGGACUCCCCCGUGUUGACGCCCUUUGACUAUCAGGAGCCCUCGGGACUGGGAACGGCGGCCCAAUCCAGCACCUCCUCCUCCCUGACCAGUUUCAACAACUGGUCAGCUGCUAUCCCCCCCACUCCUUCCACCAUCAUCAACGAGGACAUCAGCUUCUUCAACCCGGCGGCCUCCGCCAACAACGGCCCCCUGCUGUUCCAGAAUUUCUCCCACCAUGUCAGCCCGGGCUUCGGAGGCAACUUCUCCCCUCAAAUCGGUCCAAUCUCCCAGCACCACCCCCCCCACCCCCACUUCCAGCACCCCCACAGCCAGCACCAGCAGCAUCGGCGUUCCCCGGCAAGUCCUCACCAGCCCCCGUUCCCGCACCGCAACGCCCCCUUCGGCCAGCUGCCGCAUCUCUCCAACAGCCUGAGCAAGCCUCCCUCCCCGUGGGGCAGCUACCAGAGCCCCUCGCCCUCUCCCUCCUCCACCUCCUGGAGCCCGGGUGGGGGUUACGGCGGGUGGGGGGGGUCCCAGGGUCGCGAGUAUCGCAGAGGCCUCAACGGAGGCAUGACGCCUCUCAACUCCAUCUCUCCGCUGAAGAAGACCUUCCCCAACAACCACAUGCCCCAGCAGAAGUACUCCCGCACCAGUCCCGGAUUCAACCCCAAGUCCUGGAUGGAUGACAGCAGGAGCGAGAAUAUCUUCCCUUUCCAGGAUCGUCCCCGUUCAUUCGACGGCUUUAACAUGCAUUCUCUGGAGAACUCUCUGAUCGACAUCAUGAGGGCUGAGCAAGACACUCUGAAAGGUCGCCUCGGAUUCACCCAUCCCGGAGGAGACAGCCCCUUGCCCAUAAAUGCACGGAAUUAUGGGAGGCGACGAGGACACUCAUCCCUGUUCCCGAUGGAGGAUGGUUUCCCGGACGAGGAGCGAGCGGAUCAGAGCCUGCCUGGCCUGGGUUCCCCACACUGCUUCCCUCACCAGAACGGAGAGCGGGUCGAGCGCUAUUCUCGCAAGGUCUUCGUGGGUGGCCUCCCCCCUGACAUCGACGAAGAUGAGAUAACUGCUAGUUUUCGCCGCUUUGGGCACCUGUUUGUGGACUGGCCUCACAAAGCAGAGAGCAAGUCGUACUUCCCCCCGAAAGGUUACGCAUUCCUCUUGUUUCAAGACGAGAGCUCAGUUCAAGCCCUUAUUGAUGCCUGCAUCGAGGAGGACGGAAAACUCUACCUGUGUGUUUCCAGCCCCACCAUUAAAGACAAACCUGUCCAGAUUCGCCCGUGGAAUCUCAACGAUAGCGACUUUGUGAUGGAUGGAUCCCAGCCUCUCGACCCCAGGAAGACCAUAUUUGUGGGUGGAGUGCCACGUCCACUUCGUGCCGUGGAGCUGGCGAUGAUCAUGGACAGGCUGUACGGUGGCGUGUGUUACGCCGGCAUCGACACAGACCCGGAGCUGAAGUACCCGAAGGGAGCGGGGCGGGUGGCCUUCUCUAAUCAGCAGAGCUACAUCGCUGCUAUCAGUGCUCGCUUCGUACAACUGCAGCAUGGGGAAAUUGAUAAACGGGUGGAAGUGAAGCCAUACGUCUUGGAUGACCAGCUGUGUGAUGAGUGUCAGGGGACUCGCUGCGGAGGGAAGUUCGCUCCGUUCUUCUGCGCUAACGUCACCUGUCUCCAGUAUUACUGUGAAUACUGCUGGGCGGCCAUCCACUCGCGCGCCGGCCGCGAGUUUCACAAGCCCCUGGUGAAGGAAGGAGGAGACCGGCCGCGCCACAUCUCCUUCCGCUGGAACUGAAGCCGGUAAAGAGAGAGGAGAGAGCGAGAGAGAGAGGAGUCGCAGAAUCAUCAUCGAAAUAAAUGCACUUUUCUGUUGCUGGUUCCUUUUUAGUUUAACUUAAAAAAAAAAUAUAUAUGAUUUUAAUUUGUCAUUUAAUAUAUUUAAACAAACAAAAAAAAAAAACCGGAUGUGUAUCCGAAAAAAAAGAUUCAGGAAGAAAAAGAAAAAUGUCUAAUCCAUCUCUCUAUUUUUUUAUAACUCCAUUCUAUUUCAUUUUCGAGUGCACAGAGAUGUGAAUAUAUUGAGUAUUAGUCUAAUUUGUCAGUAAGUAUCUGCAUGACUUUUAGAAUUGGCUUUUUGUUCACAUUGCGAUUGGAAGUAUUACGUCCUACUUUAAUCGAACGGAAAAGGCAAAGGUGCGUUGAAGAGUGCACUUGUUUCCUCGCCAGCCAGAGUGCAGAUAUAUGUGUGUGGUCUAAGAUCUGAGUUGUCAACCAAAGCUUGGGAUUUGAAAACAGCCGAAUUCAGCGAAUUCUCUCAAACGCUCUGUUUCUUUUUAUUCUUUUUUUUUUUAUAUAUAUACUUUAAGACCAUGCUAAUCUUUAAUGUUUCCUGAUGACAACACCAACAGCUGUCUGGAUUCGAUCUCCAUUGUGACAUGCAAGAAAACUAAUACCUCAAGCUUAGCUGCUAGUUUAAGUCGAAUAUAUAGAGAGAAAAAUCAAAGCUGGUCUCACACUUCCCCCCACCCCCGCCCCCCAGGACCACAGAAAAGGAAAUGACAUCAGCAAACGGCACAUUGAGAGAACCUGCUCUGUCACUUCCCGAUUUGAAUUGGAGAUCCAGCAAUCCUAGUGGGGAAUGUAUGUUGUUAAAGUUGCAGUAGUCCGCCUGCAAGGGCCUUGGUUUCGUCGCCGUCGUUCUCUCGGGCUUUCAGCGGCGAGCCUUUCGUUCUCGUUCUUUAACUCACAAUAUGUGUCUCGUAAGCCUUUUCCCCCCCCAGAAGCCCCGAGAAGAGGUGUACGUACAAGCGCAGCGGAAGAGAGGAAGACCGAUCCGCUCAGCCUGAGUGUAAAGCAUAACUGAAGGUAGUCCAUUCAUCUCUGCAUUCCCAGCUUUUACUUUCCGACAUUAGGGAACCAAAGACGGCUUGCAAAAACCACGGACGUUUCCUUUCUUUUAAUUUUUUUGGCCCCCAACCCAGUCGUAUGGGCUCCAGCAAACCAAAGAUUGGCCUUGAAAAGUUAAAGUCCUAGUAACACUAGUGAGAAGUUGAAAACGACCGAGAGCGCAGAAGUGGAUCCUCGCGUCGGCCCGACAGACCCGUUCAGCGCCGUCGCUCGAUUUUCGAAGUUUAACGCUUUUUUUUUUUUUUUUGAAGUACGAUGGCAACAAAACAAAAAAAAAGAAAAAGAAAAGAUGAUUAUUUUAUACAUGGCCUGCUGAUUUUUUGGUACAGUGUUUUCUAGCUAAAUUAUUUUGUCAUGCACAUAUAAACAUUUAUUAUGCACUACUUUUCUAAAUAGGUUUUUUUUUCCAACAGUCAUUUUAGGCACAUUUUUCACGAAUGGAAAAAAAAAAAAUCUCCUUUUUGCAAUACCUCAAUUUUUCACAUUGUGAAAGGUAGCUUUUGUACUUUUGUUACUGAGAGAUGUGCAUAUAUGGAAAUUUUGAUUUUAAGAGUUAAACGAAAUUUAAUAUAUAUUAUUUUCAAUUAUGCUUUUUAUACAUUUCAGUGCUGAGGAAUCUUUACAACUAAAGCACGCACUUGUGUUGACGCGACAAAUCUGCCGAGGAGAGGGGUGAAGUGCAUUGCUUCUUGUACGCUAGAUUUUAACGGCAUUUGGGAAAUUCAGCAUGGUGAAGAACAACACGUCGUCGUUCGUGUUCGUGUCGCGCAAAAACGGCUCCAUAGCUGGAAUAUAAACUAUAGUAAUAUAAGGAGAAUGCUAAUCCGGAUGGAUGUUUGAUGUCUAGGUAUUUUAACAGUUGAAAAUAUAUAUUCUUGAACUGCCAACUAGUUCCUAUUGUAAUCCUUAGCAAUGCAUGACGAGAAGAAGAAGAAGAAAAAAAAAAAAACGAAACAACGUAGCUAUUGAAUUAAUUGUUGUGGUUGUGCACCAGAUGUUCCCAAAGCUUUCGCUUAAGGCCACCCCACACCUCCCCCCCCCACGAUAUAGUCUCGAUACGACGCACACACACACACACACACACUAAAACGAUGAAUUCGCAGCGCAGGACGAACGCAUCUUCUAUAGUACGCUGGUGAAAAGACUUGAUCCCCACCGUCUGUUGGAAGUAAAUCUAAACCCGUUUGGAGGAAGGGGAACUUAAGACUUGAAUGUGGUAAAUGUUGCAAGUUAACUUGGAGUUGUUAUGUGCAAUACUUUUUUUGAACUUUUUCCAGAUAAAGACUCUUUGCAAUGUAAUUCUUUAAUGCCAUUUUUAAUUGCCGACAUUUAAAGAAGAUGUUAAUAUGUUUUUCACAGUCAUUUUCUACUGUUAUUGUAAUCCUUUUCAUGCUGGUGUUUGUAAAAAAGAAAAGAAAUGGAAACUAUUUGUACUAAUAUAAAUAAUUGAAGUUAUUUUUAAAACAUUAAAGGUUUUGUGCUCAUUUGCUUAUUUUGUUUAUUUCAAGCUACUGUGAUUGAUUGCAUUGUAAUUAUUAGGUCAACAAUGUAUUUAGCUGUUUAUUGGUAUAUUUUUAAUUGGAAUGUAUAAUUAAUUUUUAUAAUUUUGAUCAGAUUUUUGUUAUAUUUUUGAGGUGAAGCUUUUAAUAUGUUAAAGUGUCUAGUUUUUACUAAUUGCUAUAUUGUGCUCCACAAUAUAUGGUUCACAUUUUCUGAAGGAAAAUAAAUAUUUAAAUAUCUGUCUGUUAACGAUGUUACUUAAUGGCAAAAUUUCAAUAGUUUUUAACUGUGUAUGGGAAGGUUGUCGUAUUUAUUAAUAGCAUAUUUUUUUUUACUUAAGAUAUCACCUUAAUUUUUAUUGUCAUUUCACUUUAUAAGUUCCUAUUUUUGUAUUUUUCUUUCUAAUUAAGUUAUGUUAUACAAAAAUGUCCAUAUUCUAGGAGUUGGUCUGUAAGUGCUAGUGAAACAAAAAGAAAAAUCUAAUGUUAUUUAAUUGUUUGCAGCCAACUAUUUAUAACAAUAUGCAUAAUUUUUAAAUAUUUGUAAUGUGAAAUGUUGAAUGAAUAAAACUUAACUGUGACAAGA